UGAGUUGGAACCACAAUGCACAGACACCCAAGUAAGGCUGUUAUUCAAUUAGAUUCAACACUUUAAGUGACUGUAAAAUAGUUUAUUUGAAUUUUAUAUUGUCCUGGAAGUGUUGUGCAUGUAAAAACAAUUGAAAGAAAUACACAUAUGCCUGAGACUUGAUUGAGGAGUGCAAGACUGUUCCCUCUGACACUUCCACUUGUUCCUAUCAAAUUUCUAUUGCGUAAAAUAAUACUGAUCUAAUGGUAAAUGUAUGUGCCACUAUAACUGGAAUAACCAGUUUUCUUUAUCUUCAGAAUGUGUCAGUUUCACUUAAUUUAAUGUGAUUUGAAAAAAAGGUUUGCGUGCAAGUAAUUCUAUAUGUCAGAAAUGCAGCACAGCUUACUUGCUUGUACUACUGUUGCCUUUCCACAAGCAUUGGAUAAUUUGUAUCCCGCACAGCACUUUGACAAUGGACAUAGAAGAUUGCAAUGGUCGUGGUUACAUCUCUGGAAGCGGUGACUCUUCGAUGGACAAAGAAUUUGCUGGGACAAUGGUGGGUCCCACAGUGAGCACACCCAACAGUCAGCACUCUUCACCCAGCCGUUCUCUGAGUGCCAACUCCAUCAAGGUUGAGAUGUGCAGCGAUGAAGAGGCAGGGAAACUUCUGGCACAGGAGGAUGGCGCUAGUGAUAAAGAUGAAGCAGUCAUUGCGGAUGAGUCUUUGACGGAGCCGCUAGGAUUCUGUGAGGGGACGGGGCAGGGACCUCAUUCUCCUGGAGGGAUUCGCCUUCCAAAUGGAAAACUGAAGUGUGAUCUAUGCGGAAUGGUCUGCAUCGGACCGAAUGUUCUUAUGGUACAUAAGAGGAGCCACACUGGUGAACGCCCCUUCCAUUGCAACCAGUGUGGUGCCUCAUUCACACAGAAAGGAAACCUCCUGCGGCACAUCAAAUUACACUCUGGGGAGAAGCCUUUCAAAUGCCCUUUCUGUAAUUAUGCCUGUCGGAGAAGGGAUGCACUCAGUGGACACCUCAGAACACAUGCAGUCUCUUCUCCCACUGUCGGCAAACCUUAUAAAUGUAACUACUGUGGGCGGAGUUACAAGCAGCAGAGUUCACUGGAAGAGCACAAGGAACGUUGCCACAACUACCUGCAGAGUCUGAAUGCUGAGCCCCCACAGCCAUCUUCUCAGCAAGCAGGGGAGGAGUGCCGUGACAUCGACGUGAUGCCAGACCAUAUUCUUCAGCCCGUCCCUGACAGACCUUCUUUUAUAGAUAGGCUUGCUAACAGCAUUGCAAAAAGAAAAAGAUCUACUCCACAGAAAUUUGUUGGUGAUAAACACAUACGCCUCAACCUAUCCGAUGUUCACUUUGAGAUGAACUCCAGUUUUGAGAAGGAUGUAGAGAUGAUGGCUCCUCACCCCAUGGACCAGAAUUUGGGCAGUGCACUGUCCUAUCUAGGAACAGAAGCAAUGAGGCCUCCGAGGCUGCCCAUAACCAGUUGUUUGCCGGAGAUCACGCCUGUGAUCAGUGCUGUCUACUCCCAUGUACAUCCGAUCCACAGCCGAGCUGAGGCACAGGGAGGGCGAGAGGCAGCAGAAGGUCAUGAAGACGUGCCAGAAAUUAUGAAUUCUAGAGCAAAAAAUCAACUGGUUGAGCUUGGGGUGUCUCCAAGCAAUGGUUGUCAUGAUUCCACAGAUACAGAAAGCAGCCAUGAAGACAGGAAUGCCCAUGCUUUUCCUAGUAACUAUGUCACAAGGCAAAGCCCGGCCUAUUCCAAAGAGGACCCAAAGGCACAGGAGCCUCCAUCAUCUGCCAAAGCAGCUCAAAGCUCAGCCAAAGAGGUCCUUAGAGUCUUAAAUGAAGAUGGAGAACAAGUUAAGGCUUAUAAUUGUAACCACUGCCGGGUUCUCUUUCUUGACCAUGUAAUGUUUACCAUACACAUGGGUUGCCAUGGAUUCAGAGACCCUUUUGAGUGCAACAUCUGUGGCCACCACAGCCAAGAUCGGUACGAAUUCUCCUCGCACAUAGUUCGAGGAGAGCAUAAAGUGAGUUAGAGAGGGCCACAUGGACUACACUUUUCUACUCCCCUUGCACUGACUUCAUCUAAAGAAGGAGGUGUUCUUACCAGGGUUGGACAAGAUCAUUGUUUUCAGGGAUUAAUCUACAGAAUAAACGAGGGUUAAAUUCGGCUCCAAAUAAAACUAAGUGUACUCCAUCUGGAUUUUUUUUGUUGCAUCUUUAACAAAAAUAUGCUUCAUUAAAUUCUAUUUAGUUGAAUUUCAGAGGAGGAAAAAUCCAUAUUUCUGGGGGCCCAAUUUUACAGUUAAUGACUUAUGGUACCUUUUUUUUCCAAGCACUGAUUUAUCUGUAAUGUAUAUAAGGCAGUAUAGGUGGAUUUAAUGUAAUAGGGAUGAAUUCAAAAUGAGGCUUUAAUUCCUAUCAAAGCUCCCUAAUUAAUGGACUUCAACUCUAUUUUAUCCUUCUAGAUAAUUAAGUGUUCAACUGUUCUUUAAUACUAAAGACCUUGUGUAACUUUAGAAGAGAAUCAUCCAGUGGAAACUACUGACCCUUUUAGUGUCGUAUGAAUUCUUAACCUAGAUAAGUAGCAGUAAUUUAUCCAAAUGACAUGCAUCAAAGAAAACUACCUAUGUUUAUGCCUUUGUGGAAUUUGUCUUUGAAGUUUGAUGUUUUAUAAAUGCCCAUCUUUUUUAAUCAUUAAUGAGGUUAGUUGAACUAUCUAAACAUCUUGGCAUUUUGACAUUUUUUUAUGGUGAAAUAGAUGAUGCCUGUAAUUGUUUUCUUAAAACUAGUUGGAAAAACUGUGGAUUAAUCCCAGACCAUUGUGACUUGGCUAUCAGUUGCACAAUUAGGGUGUCCAGCCAGAUUCUGUGAAAGCAUUUUUGGGGAGGGAGGGGUGAGCACAGGCUCAGUGGUAAUUUAUUGGCAAGAAUAACAGAAGAAAUUUAAAAUAACAGAAGAUUUUAACUGCUUCAGUUUGAUGAUGCCCAAUAAUGUAGUAGUGAAUGUGCCUCCUUUGUCACUGUGGUUACAAAUUCAUAUCCUGUCAAUGGUUCACAUGUACUUGCCUACUGAAAGUCUGGUUGAGUUUGGCAAAUUCUGGGUUGAACCAAUGCACCAUCUAGUUCUGUGUCAAAUGACCAGCCUGUAUGCUGAGCCACUGACUACCCUGGCACUAUGUAGUGUAAUUAAGCCAGAGUCGUCAGUGGGUGUGAAAAUGGGAUUUGAGGAACUAUUAUGGUGAACUCAGACAAUUUAUGAAAUUAGUGUCAUAAGCAAUCCAAACUACCUCGUUCUAGCUGUUGGAUCUAAUAACUACCAUGACGCAACAUUGGCUGAUGAGAGGCUUUGAAUUGGUGGCUAAUGGUGACUUUCUUAUUCCCCUUCCCCUCACCAAGCUGUUUGAAGAUGUCACAGUGUCACCAACCACUUAGAAAGUGUACACAAAUUGAAAUGCUCAGUCUUACUGGUGCAUGAUGGUGUCUGUUGUUCAGUACUUUCUGUGCUUGAAAACAGUGCCCCGUCUGCAUAAAAUGUUGACUUUUGGCCCGACAGUACAGUUUCUGUGUAUACUUUCUGAAGUUCAAACCUUCUCCAAAGUCAGGAUUCCAAUCCAUUAACUAUCACAUGCAUGUUGAGUUUCUUUAGUUUUUUUUGGCUGAAACACUGCAGUGCUUCUUACUCUGUGGGAAGAGGUAGCCAUCUGUGUUCAUGCUCACCAACACUGGAGCAGCAUUUGUCCAAGAAGCUGUGAUGAAGUCUGGGUGUUUAUCUAGGAAUAUGCAGUUUUUAAAACUUUAAUCAUAUAAUAAAUACUUUUACUUUGGACCAAAUGAGGUUUACAGGCAGAAGGUUAAUAUAUUUUAAGCAAUUAAUGUGUUCUUAUCUAUUAAAAGGACUUUUCCAGAUGUUGACUUUUAAAUAGUGUCUGCAUUCAUAUUUAUAAUUUAAAAAUUCUGUAGCAUAAAAACUUCACACUCCUGUGGUUGUAGGUUCAUGUCCCAGGCUCGUGCAUAUUGGCCACGUUAAUGGUGAAUAAUAACUAAUUCUCAUUCUACUGACUGGAUAUGAUCUAUGAUGAGAGUUGGAUAUUUUCAGCUGCUCCACUGUGGUGAGAUGCAGGAAAUAAUAUUUGGUGCUGGGCUUUGAGGGGAGGGUAAAAUAUGAAGAGAACUGGGAGGAGACUAUUCUGCUUGUCUUUAGUAAAGGAUGUUGGAUGAAGGGGCACAGCCAUUAUGGAAUGCAAGAGUUUAUUCAGGAUGGGUUUUAUGGAGUUAAUAGAUUUUUGUAAAGUAGGAAACCCAGUGACAUCUUCAGUUUGCAAGACAUCAGUGCAAAGUCUAGAUUAUAUUUUUUUGAGGAGGAGAGGGGCUUCAUGGAUUGUAGAUUUUUUUUGUCCAACCCUAAGUUGUUUUUUUUUUUAAGAUUUUCAGUUAUUUAAUCUCUUUUGAACUGACACUUCUAGAAUUAUUUUCUGAUUUUAUUUAAAUUAUCUUUGCACAUUAGUUUCUAAUGCACACAUAUGUUGCACACUGUUCGGGCAGCUUGUUAGCUUCCUAUUUCUUCUGCAGAGCCAAAGUCACAGUUCAUUUUCUUCUCGUUCCAGUUAUGUCAAACACACCUUUUUUUAAUUAAGAUUUAAUACUUAAAUCUGUGCAAAUUACAUUUAUUUAAAAUCUACUUUAAGGAGCCCUGCUGCAUUAGUAGAAAUAUGUACCCCUGAGCUCUGAUACAGUCUUGGGUUUCUGGUCUCUGAAGGAAUGGGUCUGACUGCAAAUUAGCAAGGGAGAGCUUGAGUCCCUCUACUGCUGCCGCCCUCUAAGCUGUUGGGACAGAAACCAGGGAAAUUAAAUUUAUUGUUCUGUAUCAGUUCAGUUAGACGCAAAGGUAGCAAGCUUUAAAUUGUUAAUACGAUUAAAAAAAUCAGAACAAGUUGCUGCUUGUGGAAAUGAAGACAGCAGGUUGCUUUGAACUGCAGGAAAUCCCAGCCAGUGCUGGUGGAUGAUGGUUCAAUGUAGGAGAUGUUUGUGCUUAAGACUGUAAAUUCAUCUUCCCCACAGGCCUUUGAUGCGCCUUUUUUGUGUGCUUGCUCUUGUCGCUUAAUGGUACUAUUGUUUUGCAAAUUAAGUGUUGCGCUAAACUUGCAAUCCUACUGCAAAAGGCAAGAAUGGUCAAGCAUUUACAAAAGGGGCACGUCUACCCUCAGAAUCAACAUAUUUGGAUGUUUGGAAUCUGGGCGCAUUGUCAAGGCUGACUUGAGCAUCCUUUCCAAAAUGAUUGCACCUGUAUAAUGUGGCGUAAAGGUGGAAAUCCUGCACCAAACCAGCAGUCCAGUAAGUGUCCGAAUCAGGUGAUGUACAUUUGGGCUAGAUUUGCAUUUUGCCCCUAAGAAUCGGCAGCCUUCACCCAAUGUCAGUUAUCCAGUAAAGUGGCUCCCUGUAGCUGCCAUCUACAAUGUGAAAGAAACCCAUUUUUCAAGUGUGACUAUUUUUAAUUUAUCUCAUUGUAAUCUUGAAGCACUUUCAAAAUGAUCUUAACCUGAAACAAAUAUCCUUUGUGCCUUUAAUUAUAGAGCAUUGUAAUAUGUUUUGUAUUUGUAAUCUUAGUGUAUUUUUCAACCCUACGUGGGACUAUGGAUCAUAAAUCAUUGAUCUAGUUAACCCCACCUAGUCACACUGAUAUGACUGUCUCCACCAGAGAUAAGCAGAUGCAAUUCUAUUAUUCUUUAAUUAAAGGGACCUGGUUGAAUAUGUGUUUCCCACAAAAAAGAUUUCUGAUUGCGAGACAGUGCCUUGCAGCAUCAUUUUUGUUUCUAUAUUGAAAGUAUUCAGAGUUGCGCAAACCAUUAUGAACAAAGUGUUUCUCAAAACCAUUGCUUCGACACUGUGAUAAAUCUUGGCUUCAGUGAAGAUAAUCUGCUCUUUUCAGCAAAACUUCAUCUUCAGUGAAAAUGAUCUCAUGUUUUUGACCUUGUAAGUAACUGCUGUGACCUUUCAGCAGGCUUUUUCCCUGUUUUCUAAAGCAUUUUGUACUGUCUUGCACAUCUGAAUACACAUCAAGGAAUCUUGUCAUUCAAAUCCUGGGCGGCACAGUGGCGCAGCUGGUGGAGCUGCUGUCCCACAACGCCAGAGACCCGGGUUCAAUCCUGACUGUAUGCAAUUUGCACGUUCUCCCUGUGAUUCCUCUGAGUGCUCCAGUUUCCUCCCACAUCUCAAAGACAUUUGUUGGUUAAUUGGCCCUCUGUAAAUUGUCCUCCAAUACGUAGGGAGUGGAUGAGCAAGCGAGACAACAUAGAACUAUUGUGAAUUGGUGAUUGAUGGUCAGCGUGAGCUCAGUGGGCAGAAGGGCCUGUUUCCAUGCUGUGACUUUUUUUUUAAAAUACUACCCUCGUAAAAUGGUGAUAAAAAUCUCAAUUGGCCUUUUGAUUUUGGAGAUAAUUUGAAGAUCGUGGAGGAUCUCUGGAUAGUGAGCUUAUUUGACGAGUGCAUGUAUUGAGUUCAUGAGUGAAUUGUAUGUUGCUGCACAUACAUGGAUUUGGACUGUGGUGAAUAUAUGCAAGGGCUUUUUGAGUUCAUUUGCAAAAGCAUGAAUGUAAAGCCAUGAGUUUUAUCCAGCUUUGCGAAAUGUAAAGGAAAUGAUCAGAAACAACCAAGCUCCCCCCC